CGGCCUCCCGCGGGGCGGCGGGCCCCGAGCGCAGAGCGGCGGCGGCGGGGCGCUGCCGGAGCCCGCUCCGCCGGGCCAUGGCCAGCACCGGCUCCGCGCCCGGGGGCGCCGGCCCGGGCUCGGGCACGGCGCUGCCCACCCGCUUCCAGGAGACAGAGAAGCUGCUGUCGGCGACAGAGGGCCGGGAGGAGAAGGGCCUCCGCGGCUCCAAAUCCUUCACGGCAGCCUUGCCCGGCGAGACGGAGCGCAACGGGCACGGGCUCGGCUACAAGUCGGUGUCGGUCGGGCACCUGGAGGCGCCGCCGCUGUCGCCGUCCCGGCUGAGCCUGGGCAGAGCCUCGUCCACGGCCACCAGCACGGCGGCCCCGGAGCAGGGCCGCCCGCGGGACUACCUGGUGCUCGCCAUCUUCUCCUGCUUCUGCCCCGUCUGGCCCAUCAACAUCGUGGGCCUCGUUUUCUCCAUCAUGUCGAGGAACAGUGGCCAGCAAGGGGACACAGAUGGCGCCCGGCGGCUCGGACGCAUGGCCAGGCUGCUCAGCAUCGUCUCCAUUGUGCUGGGGACCAUCAUCAUCGUGCUCUACAUUUCACUCAGCGUCAGAGGCUCCUAGAAGAUGUUUCAGCAUGCAAAUACCUUGAAGAAGAGGAAGACAACUUUCCUUUUGGGGUUUUUACUUUCAGCCUUGCAACAAAACAAAAAAUUGUCACAGUGUAGGUGGGCAGCCCUAGACAGUCUGCUCUGGAGCGCCGUCGGAAGGAACGCAUGCUUCAAUUCACCGCCUCUUGGGAAUGAGCCUGUGCGAGGGAUGGGAUAAAAAUCACCCUGAGUAGGAAUGGGAGAGGCCACGUGGAGAGGAGAAAGGGGAAAUCCACUACCUCAUUCCCCUCCAGCAGAACUCAUGGAGUGGGGAGACAACUAAAGUGCAAGAGGAGGAGAGAGUCUCCAGAAUGAAGCUGGUUUUGGAAGGAAAAUACAAGGCAAGAACGGGAUGUUUUGAGGAGUCCUCCUGAGAAUUUUGGCACAAGUCACUGGAUUUUCUGGGGGGUUGUUGGUUUUUAAAUCGUCAAAUUCUCUGUCUCUACAAAAACAAAACAAAACAAAAACAACGAAACAAAGCUCAAACUGCCAUCAGGAGCUGAGAGCUGUUCCACAGAGGAGGAGGGAGUGCAGAGCUGCAGCAGGACCAUGGCUCUGCUCCGAACGAAACGCAGCUGCCAAAGCUGGAGGAUGUGGUGGGUGCUUUUGUAUUUUUGAUGA